AUGGCGGCGGAGCAGGGGCGGUCGCUGGCGGAGACGCCCACCUGGUCGGUUGCCACCGUCACCACGCUCAUGGUCGCCGCCUGCUUCCUCGUCGAGCGCUCCCUCUCGCGCAUCGCCAAGGUGCUGACACGGCCCAUCUUCUCCCCCUCACUACUGCUUCGCUUAGCUGCUGACCCUGCUGGCUUGUUUGUUGUUCGCUCCGCACCGCAGUGGCUGCGCAAGACCAAGCGGAAGGCCAUGCUCGCCGCGCUCGAGAAGAUCCGUGAAGAGCUGAUGCUGCUCGGAGUCAUCUCGCUGCUGCUCAGCCAGACGGCGCGCUUCAUAUCGGAGAUCUGCGUGCCGUCCUCGCUUUUCAACAGCCGCUUCUACAUCUGCUCCGAGAACGACUACGACGACCUGCUGCGCAACACGGACGCCAACCAGACGGCGCUCGACAAGAGCAUGUUCGGUGGCCAGCGGCUGCACGUCUGCAGCGAGGGCCAUGAACCUUUUGUUUCGUACGAGGGCCUCGAGCAGCUGCACCGGUUUCUGUUCAUCCUUGGUAUCACUCAUGUGUUGUUCAGUUUUGUAACUGUGGUUCUGUCCAUGAUUAAGAUCUAUAGCUGGAGGAAAUGGGAAACCUUAGCAGGUCCAAUUGCUGCUGAGGAAUUGAAAGCUAGGAGAACGAAGGUGAUGAGAAGGCAGUCUACCUUUGUUUUUCACCAUGCUUCUCAUCCAUGGAGCAAAAAUAAAAUACUUAUUUGGAUGCUCUGUUUUCUGCGUCAAUUCAAGGGCUCCAUAACAAGGUCAGACUAUUUGGCACUGAGGUUGGGCUUUGUCACAUAUCACAAGCUACCGCAUUCAUAUGACUUCCAUAAAUACAUGGUACGGAGCAUGGAAGAUGAUUACAAUGGGACUAUUGGUAUCAGUUGGCCACUUUGGGCAUAUGCGAUUGUCUGCAUAUUCAUCAAUGUUCAUGGUAUCAAUAUAUAUUUCUGGUUAUCCUUUGUUCCUGUUAUUCUGGUGCUUCUAGUGGGUACUGAACUUCAGCACGUCAUCGCUCAGUUGGCUCUGGAAGUCGCUGAGGCAACAGCGCCUUAUGUUGGCUCACAACUCAAACUGCGUGAUGAUCUCUUUUGGUUUGGAAAGCCUCGGGUACUCUGGUGGCUUAUACAGUUCAUUUCAUUUCAGAAUGCCUUUGAGCUGGCAACAUUCUUAUGGUCUCUGUGGGAACUCAGUGCACAAACAUGCUUCAUGAAGCACUACUACAUGGUUGCCAUUCGGUUGAUUUCUGGGCUCCUAGUUCAGUUUUGGUGCAGCUACAGCACACUGCCGCUGAAUGUGAUUAUUUCUCAGAUGGGUUCCAAGUUCAAGAAAUCACUGGUGUCGGAGAACGUGAGGGAGUCGCUUCACAGCUGGUGCAAGAGGGUCAAGGACAGGAGCCGGCACGGGACCCUCACGACCAGAUCCGUCUGCUCCCUGGACACCACCUACGAGACGGAUCACGAGACGAACACGGUGUGCACGCUGUCGAGGACGGCGUCGGCGACAUCGCUGGAUGACCAGCUGACCGUGGCCACCGUCGACGACGAGCCGUCCUGCAUUGAGAAAGAUGUCUGA